GACUCCGCUCGCAUCGCUCGAGAAACGUUCGAAACAGUGUCGUUGUGAAAAUCUCUGCGCGUACGCGUGUUUUUCGCGCGCCAAUGCGCCAUCUGUGCUCGAUCGCGGCGGCGACCGUGCCGUCGUCGGUGACAAUUUCGCAUUUUGUAAUGUCCGCGCCGAUGCAGUGAACGUGGUGUUCGCGAGUGCCGUAUUUAUAUGUUUUGUUGGUGAUUACGUGAAUAGUGUGGCCAGAAUGGAAGCGUUGACCUCGACAGCGAUCGUAUCGUCCGGGACGUCAACGGCUCGCAGUGCGACCGGCGAGCAAUCUUAUUGAUUUUAUUAUCAGACACAAAAUUACCUCGCCUUGACUCAGUGCAAAGUUCCAAAAGUGAAAUAAGGAAUGCAGUGAUGGAAUUUAUAACUCACCUUGGUACAUUUAAGAUAGUGAAAAUGAUCGUGCUUUCAAACAUAUUCCGCGGAAGCCAUCCGCAACAGCAAAUAUCCAAUGAAUUGAGUGAAAAAAACGUUCGAGAAAAAUCAUCAAAAUUAUUGACACAAAGUUCGUUAACUUUAAGACAGCGAACAAAAACUCACGACAAUAUAAAAGAGACACUUGAAUAUGAGGACGAAACAAAUACUGUUAUUAGUGAAAAAAGACUUUCAACCAGUGUUGAUGCCAUAGUUACACACAAUGAUGCCAAAAGUAAAGUGAUAUGUAGUGCCAAAGGUUUAUUAGAAACAAAUUUAGAUGAUCUUUUUAAUGAUAUAAAAAUAAAUGACGACUGGACUGUCGAACCAAAGAGUUUGGGUGCAAGCGAACCUAUUUUAAGUUUUAAUGAGCAUGAUACAAAAACUAUUAAUAAUCGGGAAUCUCUCGUGUCAGAGAAUGACAGUGAUGGUGAUACAGCGACCGAUAGUGAUUGUAUGGAUGAAGCAGCUCGCGAACAGAGGAAAUGCAUGGGUGCACGUCGUUUCGGCCACAUGCUGAGAAGAGUUUUAUCUCGUAACGUGUUUCCCAAUGUCCCGCCGGCGCCGGGGAUGCCCUGCGCGGGGGAGGACCGCAGCAUCUACAGGCGAGGCGCACGUCGGUGGAGGAAACUCUACAGAGUUAAUGGUCACAUAUUUCAAGCUAAACGUUUUAAUAGACGAGCCUUUUGUGCCUUCUGUCAAGACCGCAUAUGGGGACUGGGGCGGCAAGGCUUUAAGUGCAUCCAGUGUAAAUUGCUGGUGCACAAGAAAUGCCACAAGCUGGUCCAGAAACCUUGUUCCAAUGAACACGUCGAUCCCAUCGAGGUCAAAGAUGACGCAAACGGAGAGAGUACACUUGGAAGAGCUUCUUCUGUUAGGUCUCGCGCAGAGCCCGAGCCACCGUUACCGGAGACUCCGCCGGCGCCCGCGUCGGCGCCCGUUCGCAACGAGGACCUCGAGCCGGGCUCCCAGCGCCAGUACUCGCUAGAUGACUUCGAGCUGAUUAGAGUCAUCGGUCGUGGAUCUUACGCCAAGGUGUUAAUGGUGGAAUUGAAGAGAACGAAACGCGUCUACGCCAUGAAGGUGAUUAAGAAAGCCCUGGUGACGGAUGAUGAGGAUAUCGACUGGGUUCAGACUGAGAAGCACGUCUUCGAAACUGCUUCCAACCACCCGUUCCUGGUGGGCUUACACUCGUGCUUCCAGACGCCGAGUCGUCUGUUCUUCGUCAUUGAGUUCGUGAGAGGCGGUGAUCUUAUGUUCCACAUGCAGCGCCAGCGCCGCCUGCCCGAGGAGCACGCGCGGUUCUACGCGGCGGAGAUCUCGCUGGCGCUGCACUUCCUGCACGAGCGGGGCGUCAUCUACCGCGACCUCAAGCUGGACAACGUGCUGCUCGACCACGAGGGACACAUCAAGCUCACCGACUACGGCAUGUGCAAGGAGGGCGUCCGUCCCGGCGACACGACGUCGACGUUCUGCGGGACGCCCAACUACAUCGCGCCGGAGAUCCUGCGCGGCGAGGAGUACGGCUUCUCGGUGGACUGGUGGGCGCUGGGCGUGCUGACGUACGAGAUGCUGGCCGGCCGCUCGCCCUUCGACAUCGCGCACGCCGCCGACAACCCCGACCAGAACACCGAGGACUACCUCUUCCAGGUGAUUCUAGAGAAGACGAUCCGUAUCCCGCGGUCUCUGUCUGUGAAGGCGGCGUCCGUGCUGAAGGGCUUCCUCAACAAGAACCCCGUGGAGCGGCUCGGCUGCGGCGAAGCGGGCUUCCUGGACAUCGUCAACCACCCCUUCUUCAAGAGCAUCGAAUGGGAGAUGUUGGAGCUGAAGCAGGUGGUACCACCGUUCAAGCCGCGACUGGAGGGAGAGCGCGACCUCGCCAACUUCCCGCCGGAGUUUACCGACGAGCCCGUGCACCUCACACCCGACAACGAUACGGUGAUCGCUGACAUCGACCAGUCGGAGUUCGAAGGCUUCGAGUACGUGAACCCGCUGCUCAUGUCUCUGGAGGACUGCGUGUGACAACACGCCUGCCGUCUGCACCCCCACCACCACCACCUGCACGCACUACACGCUCAGGCCUACGGGUACGCUCCGGACUCGUCGUCGUCGGACUACGACUCGGUGUGCUCGGAGCUGCCCCGCAAGCCCACUCUGCUGCAGCACAUGUUCUGCUUGCCGCUCAACUGACGCCGGCAGCGCUCGCAGCGCACACAGCACACGCAGCACACACAGCACACACACUACUGAACGCUUAUCUGUUAUAUGUGCAUGUAAUACGCUAUUCGGUGACUCUAUUUUAUUUCCCUUUACUGUUUCUUAUUACACGUUCGGAAAUGUGAGUAUUUAUUUACUUUUAAUAACUAAGUUAAUAUUAUUCUCAAAAAAGUAUUAUCUGUGUAAAUGAUUCGUUAGGUUGAAAUAAAUUUCGUAGGUUUAUAAUUUUUAUUCCUGUAAAUAAUGAGAGUUAAACUACAAAUAGGUUUAAUAACGAAAGCAAUCCUACAGUUCUUCCAUGAAAAUAUAGUGAAAUACGACGGAAUUGAUUCGAUUGGUUCGUAAAUGGACGAAGUUCGGUGCUAGGAGCUGUGCGCGUCUCGACACGAUAACUACGGUGUAGGCAACGGUGCAGAUAAUCGGCAGGCAUUUGUCUAAAUUGUACAUACGAUAUUCGCCCUUAAGGGGUUGUAAUAAAAACGAUAUUAGAGAUUAAAAUUUUGCUGUUCGUAUUCGCGUUAUAUUCUUUUGUUAUUAGAUGAACGUAAUCGGUUUAAAUGCUUGUGUACAUAAAACUAUAUAAUGUACUAUACGAAAAUAUAUUGUAUAAAUAAUUUUUGAUUAUCUGUAGUGUAUAACACUUUGUUAUCGAAAUAAUUUAAUAAUUAAAACAAAUUGGACGUGAUGCGAUCUCAUCGAAAAGUUUGAUAGAAUUUACGAAAUAUAUUUGCAAAUGAAAUAUAAUGAAUAACUCGUAGAAUACAAUUCGGACAACUCACACUUUACCUCUGUGCCAACUGUGAUCAAUAACAAAAACGCAUCACGUUUUCAAACAUUCGCUAAAACUUAUGUUUUAAGCAAUAAAUUAUAUCGUAGUAGUUAUCUAUAUUGGAGACAGGCAACCUGCUCAAUGAAAGGCACGUGAGGAAUUAAAUGUAGUGAAAAAAACGCCCCGCAACGGAGCUAGUAGCGAACCGGUAGAACUUCCCUAGUAUAUAUUAAGCUAGUUUGUGGCUUCAAUUCGAGCACGAGGCGUGUACAUUUGCAAAGGUCGAUGUUAAAGUUUAACCCUUCGUAUUAUCGUAACUGACAGCUUUUCAAACGAUACGACACUAUCGUGACGUCAUCGCGUCGUUUCAAAACUUGUUACUUUAAUUGAAUAUAUCGUGUGUAAGUUUGCUAGGAACGCGUGAAGCAUAUUGACGAAGUCGAGAACGGAACACUUAAAUAUGAUAAUAUUUUCAAAUGGCACGUUUCAUAAUCAUGCUAACGUACAACGUAGAUUUAGCGCCAUGAAAGUUUAAAAUCAAUAAAAAAUAUUUUUAAUAGUGACGACGAAAUCGAUGUUCCGUGUUAACGCUCACACUCUUUAGAUAUCCUAACGCAACGUGAAAUUAUUCUUAUUAUAUUAAUGUAAAAUAUAUUCCCUAUCGUAGAUCAUAUUCUCCUCUCAAAUCACUCCUUUAGGUAGCCAACGAAUUUUAUACAACGUUUACUCGAACGAUGUUAUCAUAAAGUGCACUGAGAAAAAUUUUAAUCGUGUAUAUUAUUAUUAUAAAAUCUCGUAAUAUAAAUCGGUUAUCGAAUAUUAUAACGGAUUAUUGUUAACGUAGAUGAAGAGACUUUAUAUAUUACAAGUAUCGUAACGGGUCGCCGACGAAGCGUCCGCAACUAUUCUAAAUAGUGCGUAGAAAUAUCUACUAGACAUUUUGCACCUAUACUAUAGUGAUGUUACACACGCGCGUCGAUUCUUUCCGCUCGAUAUUAUUGCAUUGUUGAGUGUUGUGGUUACCUUCGUGCGUCGCGAUGUCGAUGUCGAUAUUUUAUCGACGCUCGGAGCAUGCGUGUAGUCUGUGUUAUUUUUAAGUAUUUAAUUAAUAUUUUGAUACUUUUAGGUAUUUACGUUUUAGUUUUUAUAAUUGUUAAUCAUUCCACUGUCGGUAUGCGGCGUUGUAUUGGUGCAUUUUUUAUUAUUAAAGUGACAUCACAUAGCGGCGUAUGUAGCCUGAAUAAUAUUGCAAUAUUUGCGUUUUAUUGCAUUUUGAUUGUAUUAAAUACUGUGUAUUAAUUGUUUAGUUUAAUUUCGUUUAGGAUUCACAACCAAACAUUGUUACUCGUAUGUAAAUCACUUACUAACUGCAUGACAAAUGAUUUUAACGAUAACUAAAGAAUUGUAAUAAAAACAUUCGCAACUUAAGUUCGUUUAGAACAAAUAUUAUAUUUUAGUUAAGUUAAUUUAGUUAAGUUAACUCGCAUGGAACAAUAACGUUGAAUAUACAUUAUACAUUUAUACGAGCUGUAAGUGGUUUAGGCGUCGUAUUUAAUUUUUGUUUGUACGUGUAUUGUAAAACACCAAUAAAAUAAUGUAACCUGUUACGAUUUAUCUGUGUAAUGCUUGGUGCGUGAAUGCGACGUAUUGUCAAAUUAGACUGGUGAACUUGUGGUACUGUACUAUUCUAUGCUUAACUGAAAAUAAAGAAUGAUUAAUCUGA